AUUACAUACAAAAACCUAGUAAAAUUUCCUAACAUAGAUACGAAGCGUGUGAGAGAGAGAGGCGAUCACAACGAACUGGAAGAAAGUAAAGCCGAGCGCUGCUGCUGCUGCCGUUUUUGUGUUAUCACUGCCAAACAAACAGCAACAAUAAUAAUAAUAAACCACACAAAUAUUUGUUGUUGUUGUUGCCGUUGAUUUUGUUGUUCCAUGGGAGAACGCUCGUUAUGGUGUUAUUAAGCAGAUCCAUGGCAAAUGGAUUGCAUUCUAGUCGGGAUAUUCAAAACGAACAGAUCUAGUAACUAUUUUCGGGCGCUCUCUCUCCGUGUCUGGUUGGCGGGUUAGGAUUUCUGGGUUUUUCAGUCAGCAACUAGCUUUCAUCACAGCACCACCUGCUAAGGUUGGGUCGGUCGUUGGCGUAUCUAAGUAUUUCGAGAUUGUUGCAUGAGGCUAUUUUACGGCGUUACUACGGCAAAUGAGAAAAAUUUAAAAAGGAAAAAAAAUAAUAAUUAAAAUUAAAUUAAAACCCAAGACACAAGACCAGCGUCAUCAUGAUAAUUAUUUGAUCGACAAUCGUAGGCGAAUUUAAGAUUGUGUUCCAGCCACCAACCCACAACGUAUUUGAAUAAUUAAACGGAUGAUAAGUAACAAAGCGGGAUAGUAUUGAACAAAUAGUUCAAUUUUAAUUUUCUCUUGUAAAUAACUGGCAUUUUUUUCAAAUAUUGACGAUCGUCCGCGGAACGUAAACAAAAGAAGAAUACUAAAUGUUCCAGAUUGUGUGACCGAUAAAAUCGAAUAAAUAAAUGAAAAAUAUUCCAGUCAUAUCAGAAAUUUUGUUUCAAAACACAAAUCUAAUUUAUUAGCCAGCUAUUGGGAAUUUGCAAAUAAUCAAAUCAAAAUGUCUAACGUCGAAGCUCGCACCGUCCUCUGGUAUUUGGUAUUCAUCGGCUUUGCCGUCAAUUAUAUGAUACGCAUCAAUUUGAAUAUAACAAUUGUGGAAAUGGUGGUCUCGCCAAAAAGUAAGACGAUAUCACAGCUUACAACCGCCGCCGCCUCCUUGCCGUCCGAAGAGUCAUUGGCAGAAUUGCCGGCAUCAUUGCGAUCAGCGUCAUCAAUGUCUGGUGAAAUCAACGGCAAUAGCAGCACAACAACAGUCGCCGCUGCUGUCGCCUCUAGUGGCGUUUUUGAGGAAAUAGCUGCUAAUAUAAGUUCUUCUUCCGGGCGUUUGCAUGAGAAUUUCGAAUUGCAACAACAACACGAAACCGAAGAUCUGAAGAAUGCAUCAUCGCAUCCCAUUUCCGAUGAACAAAUACGUUUCGAUUGGAACGAGUAUCAGCAGGGUCUGGUGUUGGGUUCCUUUUUCUGGGCCCAUUGGGUAACCCAAAUUCCCGGUGGUAUUUUGGCCAAAAAAUAUGGCACCAAAUUGGUGUUUGGUCUGGCAAAUGCCAUUGGCUGUUGGAUGUGCUUCUUCAUACCGGCUGUGUCGCAUUGGGACUACAGGGCCUUGAUAGUGCUGAGGGUACUGCAGGGUCUAGUGACGGGCCUUGCCUGGCCGGCCAUGCAUGUGCUGACCGCCAAAUGGAUACCGCCCAAUGAACGUAGUAAAUUCGUCACCGCAUAUUUGGGUAGUUCGGUGGGCAUAGCUGUCUUUUAUCCCUUUUUCGGUUAUAUCAUGCAUUGGGGCUCAUGGGUUUGGGUCUAUCAUUUCUGUGGUAUUUUGGGUACCGUGUGGUGGUUUGGAUGGCUAUUCUUUGUCUAUGAUUCGCCAGCUCAACAUCCUCGAAUUAGCGAAUCGGAGGUAAGAUAUAUUGAAAAGUCGCUGGGUGCAUCGGUCCAAAGUGCCGCGGCAGUGGGCACCCCGUGGAAGGCUAUUCUGCUCUCAAGACCUGUAUGGAUGAAUGUCAUUGCCCAAUGGGGUGGUAUAUGGGGUUUGUUUACCCUCAUGACCCAGGCUCCAACGUAUUUCAGGGUCAUACACAAUUGGAAUAUUAGAGCGACUGGAAUUUUGUCCGGCUUGCCGCAUUUGAUGCGCAUGAUUUUCGCCUAUGUCUUUUCGUUGUUUGCCGAUUAUUUGUUGAAGACCGAGAAAAUGAGCCGAACAAAUAUAAGGAAGUUGGCAACGGCAAUUUGUUGCAUUGUCAAGGGUCUGGUGGUUGUGGCCUUGGCUUACUUUGGCCACAAUUCAACGGCGGCCAUUGUUUAUCUCACCGUGGCAACGAUGUUCCAUGGGGCGGUGUCUUCGGGACCGCUGGCCUCCAUUGUGGAUAUAGCACCGAAUUUCGCCGGCAUUGUUUUGGGUAUUAGUGGUAUGAUUGGGGUCCUACCCGGUUUUAUUUCACCCUAUAUUGUGGGUGUGUUGACGUUGGGGAAUCAAACCUUUGAAUCCUGGAAAUAUGUGUUCCUCAUUUGUGCCGCCAUGCUGAUUGGCAGUGGCGUGCUCUAUGUCCUAUUCGCGGAGUCCACAUUGCAAAAGUGGAAUGACUAUAGCUCUCGGGUGGAUGACAAGGAAUUAAUGCAGCUAACCAAAGAUGAUUUAGUUAAGCCCAAAGUGGAAUUGGAUAAGACUGAUGUGAAGGUGAAGGCAAAAGUAGAAGAAGAUGGGGAAGGAGAUGGAGAAGAAGGAGCAAAGGAAAAAGUUCAAAAACUCUCAGGUUAAGAUGGAAGCUAAAGAAAAAAAAGUUAGGUUAUAAGAAGACGAAAGAGAAGAAGAAGAAGGAAACACAAACAGGUUGCAAAUGCUUUUGUGAUAUUAACGGUAUUCUAAAGAUAAUGAGCACACACACUCUCACACACACAUACAGACGUAUACACAAACAUAAUGCAUAAGUAUUUAGCUGCUGUUUACUUAAAAACACGAAACAGUAUUUAUUCUCCAGAAAUGAAAAAUCAUCCCUCGCAACAACAACAAAUUUCACAACAAACACCCAACCGUUUUUGAUAAGAAGUGUCUUAAUUUUAUCACCUUGUAAAUUUUGAGAGUUAAUCUUGAACUCUCAGCCAGCCAGGGAUUUGAGCGAGAAAAAGAAAACAAAUAGUUCGACAAACAAGAAAACACAAAACAAAACAAACAAAAGAUAGUCAGGGACCUAAAAUAGUUAAUUCAUAGCCAUAAGUAAAUGUCACACUUUGUUGUUAUUAUUAUUGUUUAUUGUUGUAAUAAUAAAUUUGUUUUAAAAUUUAAGAAAAAAAAAA